AUGCACGGCAGGGCGGCCUGCUCUGGCACAGCCGCCGCCUGCUCCAGCAGGGCCAGCGCCAGAGGGGACCUCGGGAAACAGUGCCCCGCCUGCGCCUGGAGGCCGUUCCCGCGCAGCUGCGGCACGGAGUCCUGCAGCGCGCAGGGGCGACCGGCAGCCGAGAUGCCGCACGCCAACCUGGGCAGGGCGGCUGGCUGCACGCAGGGGCUCGAGUCGGCAGCUGUCUGCCGGCGCUUGCGGGCAGCUGCUCGCGCAGGCCCAGCGACUCUCGCGGCCACAGAGGCCCUCUUGACGGCGCUCCCCCAGGGAGCGACGCUGCUCUGCGAGUGGGCCAAAUGUCCGUCUGUUCCGCACUUGCCAGCGCGGGCCUGGCAGUCGUCGCGGCCGUGCUGGAGCGCGUCCCCGUGA